CACCCACGCCUCACAUGUUCGAGCUCUUGCGCCGCGACAGUCAAGGAGGAGGCGCAAGGCAUGUCGAAGUCGUGUUAUAGGCUUAGUGGAUCGGAGAACGUGCCUUCAGUAUGGAGGCGGACUGGGACGAGCUAGCGAUUGCUCAAUUACCUCUUCCAGGAUCGCAUCAACCUGCUGUACCCAUUUCUACUUUCGCGUUCGACACCACCCAGGAACUACUAUGGACCGGCAACAACCAUGGCCGAAUUACUUCCUUCUAUGGACCACACCUCGAGCGCUAUACUUCAUAUCGCGGACACGUAGUCGCGGACGGCCCGGUCAAGCAAUUCCUCUUCACCGACAAGGGCAUCCUCUCCGUCUCGAAGCAGAGCGUUCACUACUCCCACCGCCGAGGGCUUACACAAUGGCAUAUAACAAGCGCCGACUUCAAGGACCUCAAAUGCAUGAACUUCACCUCCAAAGGAACGCGCGAGAUUCUAGUCGCCGGAUGUCAGGAACAGAUGUUUAAGGUGGAUGUGGAGAAGGGCAUCAUUACAGAUACCCUUCCCGCUGAAGCUCAAUACACUAUCAUGAAGCGUGCAGGGCAAUACCUUUGCGCCGCUACAAAGAAUGGAGGCAUUCAUAUCCUAGACUCAGGUUCGCUGUCUGUUAUCAAAGUAUUCGAAGGCCACACGGGUAGCAUCAGCGACAUGGACGCCAAGGGCGACUUCCUCGCGACAUGUGGCUGGUCCCCAAGACAGCAGUACGCGUACAUGCUCGAUCCAUUUACUAAUGUGUUUUCCUUGAAGACACUGAAACAGUUACCUCCUAUACCCUUUCAUACCGGUGCGGCCUUUGUACGAAUGCACCCCCGCAUGUCAACGACUGCUAUAAUCGCUUCGCAAAACGGCCAGAUGCAGGUCAUCGACCUCAUGAACCCAGAUUCUGCCAAUUUGCGCCAGAUCAACCUAUACGACUCUUACUUGGCCGGCUUCGAGAUGGCUCCUUCUGGUGAAGCGUUUGCUCUAGCAGACUCAAAUUCGCACGUCCACCUAUGGGGAUCUCCUUCGAAAGUACACUUCCCCGAGUAUAGCAAUCCCACCGAAUUUGCGGAUUCCCAUUCAAUACAACCACCGGCCAUGGAUUGGACUCUAGACACGCCCCUGAACACGGUUGGAAUGCCGUAUUACAAAGAACAACUCCUUUCAAGCUGGCCAAGUCAUACAAUCUACGAAGUUGGCGCUCCUCCGCCGAAGAUUGACAGUUCAAUACUGAACAGCAUGACACGCACGGAAAUUGGCUUCUUCGCCAAGAAUCCCAGGACAAAGCGAAGGAACCAAGUCGAGAUCACUCGGCAGGCUGAUAAGAGUGUUACACUGACACCACCCAAGUUCUUGAGUGAGAAGGCUCGAUCGUCGCAGUCUUUUAGCGAGCCUGAUACGAAGACCGCGGAGACUAUGGAAACGCUGACCGACCUCCAUCUUGACGAUGUAACCCGGAAAGAUGUCCCUGCGAUGUACGGGAACGUGGAGAUCAAGUACAGCAAAUUUGGAGUUGACGAUUUCGACUUUGCUUACUACAAUCAAACGCCAUACUCGGGUUUGGAAACACACAUCACCAACUCAUACGCUAAUCCACUUCUUCAGCUCUUCCGAUUUACUCCCUUGCUUCGAAACCUUGCACUGCAACACACUGCAUCGCCUUGUCUAUUCGAAUCAUGCCUUCUUUGCGAGCUCGGCUUUCUGAUAGAUAUGCUUGAGAAAGCUGCAGGCCUUAAUUGCCAGGCUUCCAACUUCCUAAAGACGUUUAGUGGUCUAUCUAACGCGGUAUCACUCAACCUGCUCGAAGAAUUCGCGCCCAACGUUGCGCUCACCAGCAUGAUUCAGAAUUUGAACAGGUUUCUGCUCGACAAGGUUUCGGAAGAAUUUCGACAAAUGCUACCAGGACAGCCUGGGCCGUCAGCGAUGGAUCAAGUCUUAGAGACACAAGCACGAGCCAGUAUGAGAUGCGCACAGUGCGCCAACGAGACCAUUCGUGGUGGGAAGAACUUUGUCAAUGAGCUUGUUUACCCAGCAAAGCACGUUAUGAAGAACACACGGAUCCCGCGUCCUACUUUCUCACAGAUUCUGAAAGCUAGUGUAGAGCGACAAGACCAAACACGGGGGUGGUGUACGAAGUGCAAUCGAUAUCAGCAGAUGGUGCAACGGAAGACGAUCCAGUCUGUUCCUGGUGUCCUGAUGCUCAACGCAGCGAUCCAAAGCCACGAGGCAAAGCUACUGUGGUCAAUGCCAAACUGGUUGCCCCAAGAGAUCGGGAUUAUAGUAGAUCAAGGUCAGUUCUACUGCUUCGAGGGCCAGGAUCUGAAGCUACAUCUGCAGCGUGGCGUCUUUGACAUUAUGGUGUAUGAGCUCGUUGGUGUUGUUGCCGAUAUCAACAGCGGAGAGCAUCAGAAACCGCACCUUGUCGCAACCAUUAACACAGCACCAUCGUCUCGCGAACCAAUUGCCGAUGACAAGUGGCACCUAUUCAACGACUUUCUAGUCAGGCCGAUACCAAAAGAGGAAGCUUUACGUUUCGAACCAAGCUGGAAACUACCGUCUGUAUUGGCUUUUCAGCUUAAAGCUGCUAGAAAUAAGAUUGACGACUCGUGGAAAGAGAGCUUGGACACUUCAAUUCUGUACCGCUGGUGGUCCUCCAACCCAACGCCUCCCGAAUCGAAGUUUAAGCUGCUUCAAUCGUCAACGGAAACACCCCGCCCCGGCUACCCUGUAGCUAUUGAUGCGGAGUUCAUCAGGCUACAAUCCGAGGAAAUCGAAAUGAAAGCAGACGGCACUCGCCAAACAAUUAGGCCUGAUCGGAAAGGACUCGCUCGCGUAUCCGUCUGUCGCGGCGAGGGCGAACUCGCCGGCCUCCCCUUCAUCGACGACUACAUAGCCGUCAGCGAACAAGUCAUCGACUACCUCACCGAAUGGUCCGGAAUCUCCCCUGGCGACCUCAACCCCGAAACCUCAGCCCACGCCCCCGUCAGCCUCAAACACGCCUACAAGAAACUCUGGCUCCUCCUCAACCUCGGCUGCGUCUUCAUCGGCCACUCCCUUGCGAACGACUUCCGCACCAUCAACAUCCACGUCCCCAAAUCCCAAGUCGUCGAUACCUCCAAUCUCUUCUUCAAGUCUGAUUUCCGCCGCAAGUUGAACCUCAAGUUUCUAGCGUGGUGCGUGCUCAAGGAGAAGAUUCAGGAGGAUACACAUGACUCUAUUGAAGAUGCCACGACGGCGUUGAAGCUGUGGAGGAAGUAUGAGGAGUUUGUCGAUGCCGGCGUCUUGGAGCAGAUGCUGAAUGAUAUCUAUGCUACGGGUAGCCAAAUGAGGUUCAGGGCGCCGGGCAGUGGGGGAGCGGCGGUUGGUGCGCAUGGGAAGGGUGCGGGUGUUAUGGGGAGCGAUACGCCCGACCCGUUGACGACGCCGAAGAAGGGGAGUACGUUUGGGAAUGUGGGGUUUAGGAGUCCGAUGAGGAGGUGAGGAUGGGAAGGAAAUGUACGGGGUAGACAAGGUGAUUCGUCCUGCGGGUGGG